AGCUCGGUCGGCUUGCGCGCCGUCCGAAGCCGGCUCGCCUUUGGGAGCGUCGCCUUGCGGCUGCUACUUUGCACCCUCCGCUCGCCUUCUCGCUGCCGCCUUUCGCGCCCCGCCGUCGCGGCCCCUGGGCUCCUGCGACUUCGAGGGGGCUCCCCGGCGAGCCUCGGGAGAGCACGCCACUCCGGGCGAGGCCCGGCCGUUCCGUUGCUGCCCGCCUCCGUCUUGGGCUCGCCGUCCCUCGGGCCAGCUCGGGGAGACUGGAUUGCUGGGAGAACUGGUAUGAUCAGCUGAGAGGGGGGAGGCGGCGGCGGCGGCGGCGGCCUUGGCUGGAAGGCAGGCGGGAAAGCGGAGCCGGCGAGCGUACGGCUUUACCGGCGGGUGGCUGCUGCUCCUGGAGGCGCCAGACGGUCCCGCGCAUCACCAUGUCCAAGCCUUCGGAUCACAUCAAGCGCCCCAUGAACGCCUUCAUGGUUUGGUCCCGGGGACAGCGUCGGAAGAUGGCCCAGGAGAACCCUAAAAUGCACAAUUCGGAGAUUAGUAAGCGCCUCGGGGCCGAGUGGAAGCUGUUGUCCGAGGCCGAGAAACGCCCUUACAUAGACGAAGCCAAGAGGCUGCGCGCCCAGCACAUGAAGGAGCAUCCCGACUACAAGUACCGGCCCCGCCGCAAGCCUAAGAACUUGCUCAAGAAGGACAGGUAUGUCUUCCCUUUGCCUUACCUCGGGGAUACCGACCCCCUCAAGGUGGCAGGGCUCCCCGUGGCAGCCACAGACUCUCUGCUCGGCUCCCCGGAGAAGGCGAGGGCCUUCAUGCCCCCCACCUCCGCACCCUAUUCUUUACUUGACCCCAGCCAGUUCAGCUCCAGCGCCAUCCAGAAGAUGACCGAGGUGCCCCACACCUUAGCUACCAGCACUCUGCCCUACGCCUCAACCUUGGGAUAUCAGAAUGGGGCUUUUGGCACCUUGAGUUGCCCGAGCCAGCACACCCACACUCACCCGUCGCCAACCAACCCAGGCUACGUGGUGCCUUGUAACUGUACGGCUUGGUCUGCGUCCAGUUUGCAGCCUCCUGUUGCCUACAUAUUAUUCCCGGGCAUGACCAAGACUGGAAUAGACCCCUACUCUUCAGCGCACGCUACAGCCAUGUAACACACAAACCAAACUCCCACUGGCAGUCCCACACAUUGCAGGCGACUGGAAUCUGUAUGGGGCCAGCAAGACUGGCCAAAGGAAGAAAUCGGAAGCUGAUCCGUUGUGCAUGUAGCAUACCGUACUCCAGAAACAAACAAUCCGCCUAAUCGGAAGCCACUUGAGCGUGGAAAGAUGCCUUGGGGAAAUCUCUUCCACCCGGGCAAAGACUCUGAGACUCUUGGGGGGGGGGUGGGGGACACCAAAACCUUAGAAUCCAAAAAAACGAACGAACGAACAAACAAACAAAACUCACAGUCUUACAGAAAACUUUCUUUCCUUGUUUUCUGCACUUGGGGCUCAGAUUUGCCCAAAACUUGUACAACUGUAAAUGUGACAAACUUUUAACUGCCCUUUUGGCUAAAAGUCAACAACGAUCCUUUUGAUUUUUUUUUUAAUUUAUUAAUGUUAAUAAGUUUGUAUGACUGAAUGUUAUUCGGACUUUAAUUCUUUAAACUCCAGAAGUACUCUAACUUAAUGAUACCCUACCUUUUUUUUCCUUUGCACAUUAAAAUCAAGA